UGUUCAUUUGUGCGUGAGUGUACACAGUGAGCGGUGGUGAUGACGGCUGUCUCCGGUCAGCGAGCUCUUAUUUACGGAGGAAGAGGAGCCCUAGGGUCGGCUUGUGUGCACCAUUUUAAAUCUAAAGGCUGGUGGGUCGGCACCAUUGACAUUGCAGCAAAUGAUGAAGCAGAUGCUAAUGUGCUUGCGAAGCUUUGUGAGAGUUUUUGUGAGCAUGCAGAGCAGGUGACGUCAGAUGUGGCGAAGCUGCUGGGAGAUCAGAAGGUGGAUGCCAUUAUCUGUGUGGCCGGCGGAUGGGCUGGUGGAAACUGUGCCUCCAAAGAAGUAUUUAAGAGCAGUGAUUUGAUGUGGAAACAGAGUGUCUGGACCUCUACCAUUUCUAGUUAUCUGGCCUCUCAGCACCUGAAACCUGGAGGUCUGCUUACUCUGACUGGAGCCAAAGCUUCACUCACUGCCACUCCAGGUAUGAUGGGUUAUGGCAUGGCAAAAGCCGCAGUGCACCAGCUCUGUGAGAGCCUUGCCGGAGAGAAUAGCGGACUUCCUGCAGGCGCUGUAGCCGUGGCCAUCCUCCCGGUCAUUUUGGAUACACCGAUGAACAGAAAAUUCAUGUCUAAUGCUGAUUUCAGCAGCUGGACACCACUGGAAUAUGUGUCUGAACUGUUCUUCAGCUGGGCCACUGGGUCAGGACGGCCAGCUUCAGGCAGUCUGAUCCAGCUGGUGACGUCAGGAGGAAAAACAGAGGCCAUGCCGGUUCACUGAAGACCCAGAGACCAGGAAAAGAAAAUAAAGAUGAUUCAGAGAAAACUAA